AUGAACUUAUUUUCAAUAUUCAAUUUGAUACUAUUUACAUUUACAAGUUUAUUUAAACUAGAAGACAUUAAAAGAAUUAAACCAGUUGUGAUAUGGCAUGGUCUCGGUGAUAAUUAUAAUUCAUCAGGUAUACAUCGAGUAAGUGAAAUAAUUAAUGAGAUUUAUCCUAAUACAUUUAUAUAUUCAAUUUAUUUAGAUGAAGAUCCUUCUACUGAUGAACAAAAUUCAUACUUUGGAGAUGCAAAUAUUCAAAUAAGUCAAAUAUGUGCUCAAUUAUCAAAUAUUACUGAAUUAUUUCAUGGUUUUAACAUUAUUGGAUUUUCACAAGGUGGUGUCCUAUCUCGAGGAUUAAUUGAACGCUGUUCUGGGCUUGUUGUUGAAAAUUUCGUCUCUUUUGGAUCUCCUCAUCUUGGAGUAUUAGAAGUUUCGAUCUGUGAAUCUAAUGAUUGGAUAUGCAGACGUAGAAAUCAACUUUUAAAAAGACAAAUAUGGAACGAUAAUAUUCAGAAACAUUUAAUACCCGCUCAAUAUUUUAGAGAUCAUGAAAAAGUAGAAUAUGCAAAAUAUUUAAAGUAUUCUAAUUUAUUAGCUGAUAUAAAUAAUGAAAGAAAAUUUAAGAAUAAAACAUAUGUUGAAAAUAUGAAGAAAUUGAAUAAAUUGAUAUUAGUCAAUUUUUUAAAAGAUACAACAGUUAUACCGAAAGAAAGUUCGAUGUUUUAUGAUUAUGAUAAAGAGAAAGAUAUAGUUAUACCGAUGAUCGAAACUGAAAUCUAUCAAAAGAAUUAUAUCGGUUUGAAGGAUUUAAAUGAAGAGGGAAAAAUAGUGUUUUUGAAUAUUGACGAAGCACACAUGAGAAUAAGUGAUCAGUUUAUACGGGAAUUAUUCAUAAAUUUCUUUUAA